AUGAAUCCAAGUGACAUAAGAAAAUAUGGCUGUCAUAAUUCGUUAGUAUCAGACAUCGAACAUCCUAGUCACUUCUUAAACUGUGUCGGUGUUCCUCAUAACGUGGCGUCAAAUCAAGUUGCAAAUAAAAGCAUGAAGAAGGAACCAGGCUACAUCGAAUCAUCGUCACUUGGAGGAGAACUAGAAUAUUGCCGUUAUACAAAACUAGUUUAUAAUUUCUCUCAAGAUUGUGUCAGCUGUAACAGUGUCGAUGAAACACAAUGUUAUCCACAACCAACUGAAAAUAAUACACAUCAUCUUUCAACUAUUCAAUAUUCAUCAUCACAUAGAUAG